AUGACCAAGUUUACGACCGAAGCAAACACUUCAAUCGGUGUUCAAAAUGGUGGCGUUCAGCAGGUAAGGGCGCUUUAAAUUAGGCCUUACAGUACUAGAAGUGUCCUGUUGUGCACUUUUUUCUCUAAAGUAUCACAUUCAGUACUUUCAGUACUAUCACUUCCUAAUAGCAAAGUACUUUAGAUGUUGUACUGUAAAUUCUAAACGUUUUAAACCAAAAAUAUACUUCAUGCUGAGCUUACUCUCAACAAUUCGAAAUAAUCUCAAAAUUUCAGCGCAAACCGAAAUGGCGCAAGCCCACUCGUCAAGCGCUUCAACGUCACAUCGCGCUCCUGCAAACGAAACGCCGCCGUCAAGACGAUCUUCCGCUCCUGAAGCGCGUGCUAAUCCAAGAGGAAUUCGAAGACAAGAUCUUCCGCCUCAACAACACAUCGGAUGAGAGUUCCGAUGAAGACGAGCCCACGACUUCAGCCGGCUCCAGUGGAUCAUCGCCGGCCUCCUCAUCGGCUUCGUCCUCAUCGUCGUCGGAUUCGGACAGUGAUGGUGAAGAUGAGCGACCGAGAUAUACGUUGCUGAAACGGUCCCGGUUCACCAUCAUGAGCUCGAGGAAGAAGAGCAAAAAGGGGAUUUGA